CUUCGCAUCGCCGUCGAAGGCUGCGGCCAUGGAACCUUGCACGCCAUCUAUGCCUCCGUCGAAGAGGCGUGCAAGCAGAAGGCAUGGGAGGGCAUCGACGUGCUCAUCAUCGGCGGCGACUUUCAAUCAGUGCGCAAUGCCUUCGAUCUGAACACCAUCAGCAUGCCUGCGAAAUACCGCGACAUGUGCGACUUCCAUGCAUACUACUCCGGACAACGACUCGCUCCAUACCUCACCAUCUUCGUGGGCGGCAACCAUGAAGCGAGCAGCUAUCUCACCGAGCUGUACUAUGGAGGCUGGGUCGCGCCAAACAUCUACUAUAUGGGUGCGGCCAACGUGCUGCAGCUCGGACCGCUGCGAAUUGCUGGCCUGAGCGGCAUCUGGAAAGGCUUCGACUAUCGAAAGCCUCACUUCGAGCGACUCCCAUACAACGCGUCAGAUCUCAAGAGUGUCUAUCACGUUCGAGAGCUGGAUGUACGAAAGCUCUUGCACAUCCGUACCCAGGUCGACGUGGCCAUUAGUCACGACUGGCCGCAGGGCAUUGAGUGGAAAGGCAACCACAAACAACUGUUCAGGUUCAAGCCGCAUUUGGAGGAGGAUGCAAAAAGCGGUAGGCUCGGCAGUAUUGCAGCCAAGCAAGUGCUCGCGAGGUUGAGGCCCAGCUAUUGGUUCAGUGCGCACCUGCACUGCAAGUACGCAGCGCUCAUCCACCACAACAAGCCGGAUGGAGACUCGUCGACCGUCGCAAAUGGAACAUCAACGAUGGCGACCAAGACCAACAGCGACGAGAUUGACCUCGAUGACGACGAUGUCGCCAACGGCGACCAAGAAUCGCACAUGGUCGAAAAUGCUGAUGAGAUUGAACUGGACCUCGACGACGACAUCACAGAACCUGCAGCAUCCGGAACAGCACAUAAAUCAGCAGCGCAGUCAUCUGGGAACCCCGAUGAGAUUGAUUUGGCAUUGGAGGACAAUGGGGAGGCUCGAGCCGCGCUUCCAGCAGCGUUCAAUCGUCCGCCGCCUCCCGAAGAAAUGGAGCAUCCCAAGGAAAUCUCAAAUGUUGAAACAAACUUCCUGGCUCUGGACAAGUGCUUACCGAACCGCCACUUUUUGCAACUGAUGGCGAUCCCCAGUGAAGCGAAUGUAGACCGGACUCAGCCCCUCAAGCUGCAGUACGAUAGGGAGUGGCUGGCAAUCCAAAGGGCCUUCUCAUUGACUGAGCCUCCCCAAUUCGGCAAUCCCGAUGCUCGAGUGCCUUUUUCCAAGACACAAGCAGAAUAUCGUGUGCUUAUUGACGAGCAACGGAAAUGGGUUGAUGAGCACAUCAGCGAGAAUGAAUUGACCAUACCUGAGAACUUUCGGGUCACAGCACCUGUCUACGAUGGUGGAGACUUUCAAGACCCACGCUAUCAGCAAGUUUUGGAGUAUCCCAACCCACAGACAGCUGCAUACAGCAGUCUCUUGCAAAUACCAAAUGCUCUUGCGAUCAGUGAGGAAGAGCUAGAG